UGGUUUGCCAACCGUCAAAAACGUUUAAGGAGAAGAAGAACGUUAGCAUGAUGCUGAACGUGCUGAACUAGGAAACCUGUUCAGAUCUAAACAGGAGGAGAAUUAAAGACCUCUGUCCUACAGUCCCAAAGUCAUCCUGAUCAUCCUCUUGAAUACCAAGCGAGCUGAUCCUUCUUACAUUCCACUCCUGCUUAUCCUAAAAACGUAUCGUUCUUGCUUUUGAAAAUACUUCCACCUCCUGCUUUUGCUCUCUUCCUCUGUUUAGUUCUACUCCUUCCCUCCCCUUCAUCAUGACUGAACCAGAGCUGCUCACAGAGGUCCCUGCCUCUCUGAAACGGCUGGCGAAGCAGGUUGUGCGAGGUUUCUAUGGCAUCGAGCAUGCCCUCGCUCUAGAUGUGCUGAUCCGGAACCCCUGCGUACGUGAAGAGGACAUGCUGGAGCUGCUCAAGUUCGACCGCAAGCAGCUACGUUCGGUUUUGAACACGCUCAAGGCUGACAAGUUUGUCAAAUGCCGGAUGCGUGUGGAGACUGCACCCGACGGCAAGACGACACGACACAAUUACUAUUUCAUUAACUACCUGCUGCUGGUUAAUGUGGUGAAGUACAAGCUGGACCACAUGCGCAGACGCAUUGAGACGGACGAACGGGACUCAACUAACAGAGCUUCCUUCCGCUGCCCCUGCUGCAUGAACACGUUCACUGACCUUGAGGCCAACCAGCUGUUUGACCCCAUGACUGGAACGUUCCGCUGUACCUUCUGUCAAACAGAAGUAGAGGAGGAUGAAUCGGCCGUGCCAAAGAAAGAUGCCCGCACUCUGGUAGCUCGAUUCAACGAGCAGAUCGAGCCCAUCUAUGUAUUGCUACGAGAGACAGAGGACAUCAACUUGUCCCAUGAUCUCCUGGAGCCCGAACCCUCAGAAAUCCCAGCCUUAAAACAGAGUCGGGAGCGGGCCGCCCAAGCCGCAGCAGGAGCUGGUGCAGGGGCACCUGGUCGGGAAGUAUGGAAAAACAAAGGCUCAUCGUAUGACCUCUACUCGCAGGAUGUGGUCAUCAGCAUGGAAGACCAGGAGCCUCAGCCUGGUCAGACUACUGAGGGAAAAGCCCCCAAAGAGAGGCCCGUGUGGCUGACGGAAAGCACAGUGCAUGGGGCGUACAGUGAGACAGAUGCUGUGAAGCCACCUGGCGAGGACGCUAUAGUAACCCAGGAGGGGAUGACUGGACAAGGAGCCGCACCGGAUGAGAAUGAGGAGGUGAUGCUGGCUCUCCUCAUUCAUGAGAAGAGGAGUGGAGUUGGUCCAGGAGGUGCUGUCGUCUCCAGACCGACCGUUCCAGCAGCUAAUGCCAGCGACUCUGACAGCGAUACCAGUGAAUCGGAUGAGGAAAUGCCACCCAAGGCUCCAGCCCACACUCUGCACAAUGCUACAGCCCUGCGGCCAGGAAAACCACAUGAGGAGGACGAAGAUGAUGAUGAUGACGAGUUUGAGGAGGUUGGGGAUGACCCUGUGGUUAUGGUAGGGGGAAGACCCUUCUCUUACAGGGAAGUGAGCCAGAGACCCGAGCUGGUGGAACAGAUGAGCGCUCAGGAGAAAGAGGCGUACAUUGAGAUGGGCCAGAACCUCUUCGAGGACAUGUACUUCUGAGUUCAUCUUGUCUGCCUGCAUCACAUGCGGUUUGUCUUUCUCACUUUUGGCUGUCAUUGUUUUUUUUUUUUUGUCUUUUGUCACAAAAUAGUUUCAAUCAGUCUUCUUUGCACACUCCUAAACAGUGUUGUGUGUCGUACCAGAGCUGAGAAAUGUAUUGUUACAGUAUAUCCAUUAACCGUUCUCCUUUUUUCUCGCCCGUCUGCCAUAUUCACAUAUUUAACUACUCUGGUGCCAAUGAUAUCAAAGUAUCACAGUUGUAAACCGGAGUAUCAUACAUUGGCAAACACGCAUCGCUACUUUUCUGGUUUGUUUGCGGUCUUGCCACAUUCAAAGACUUCCAAAAAAAAUAACAGUGUUGCUGCAGUGACCUCUGGGAUGGUUUUACUUGUAAGAAAACCCCUCAGACUUCAGUAUUUAGCAGGACUUACAGUUUGAAAGGAAAGACAAACAAGUUUUAUUUUGUUUAGUUUUUUCUCUCGGAUGACUGCCUUGACAUGAUAUUAAAUGGAGUUUUGAUGAGAUGUUUGUUUCGAGUGAGGUUGCUUUCCUUUCACAGCAGAAAUGAGCACUUUCUUCUCUGAUCUCUGCCUCAAUGGAUUUUCUUUUUUUUUUUCAGUUUGUUAGAUGUUUAACAGUAAUAAAAAACUGAAUGUAAAAUCUUCAGCCUGAGUAUUCAUGAAUCUGUGUGUACAGCAACCUCAAUAAAAUAUGAAUAUGAAUAGAUGAGCUUCAUAAACAAGAAUCCUGCUGUUAUUUCACAUAAUUGUGUUCACAGAAUGGUCUUAGUGGCACUAUAAUUUUAGUUUUUUUUCUAUAAAGUAAAAUGGGUUGUAUUUGCAUUAGCUGUUGCCAAUUUAUUUUUAUUUUUUUAACUGACCUCUUAUGUGUGUUCAUGUAAUUGAAUUGGGAACAGAGUCUCCGGGGAUGUGCUUUGGGGCAGCUGCGAUGUGGGAGAUGAAAUUUGUGGUGCCUUGAUGCGCAGCUAGAGAGAAAACCGGCAGCGCUGCUGUCACGUCACAUUACAGGUGAAGCACUGAGGAGUCAAGUAUUGGUAUCUGUGGCUCAGAGCAGAGGGUCUGUCUAAAUGUAGGUGGUGUUUCUGAACCAGAAGUUAAUGGGUUGUGUUAUUUAAUUUAAUCCUUAAAAUAGUUUUUGCAUUUUAAAAAAGAAAUACGUUUUUGUAAACAAAGGCAGGUUUUUUUUUUUUCAUUUCUUUUCAAAGUCCCCCUUUUUUCCGGUGGGCAAAUUGUGAAAAAUACAUUAAGAAAUUGAUUAAGCUUUGAUCCAUGUAACUUAAAUUCUGUUAAAUUCUGUGUAAAGAAAAUAUUUUCAAUAAAAUAUUUCAUCUGAA